UUUUGAGAGAGAAAAAACAACUUCCGGAACGUGUGGAAGAACUUUAUUAUGAUUAUUUUGUUGGGGUAGUUUUUAAAAAAUUAAAAUGGCAACGAUAGUAAAGCAAGAACCUUUAGAAGAAGUUGACUUGGAGACACGAAUAAUGGGUCUCUGUCAACAGAAUCCGGACGGUGUAAGUGAUGAAACGAUUCAGUCCGAGAUGCCGCAGUGUGACGUGAAACAGCGGGUGAUGGCUAUCAACAGACUUCUCUCUACAGGUCGAAUUGAUCUGCUUAGAAGUGGGAACAAGUUGGUGUAUCGACUCAAAGACCCAGAUGCUGCAAAAGAGGUGAAGGGAGCUGAUCACCAGGAAAAGGUUGUCUAUCAGAUUAUCAAAGAGGCCACCAAUAAAGGAAUCUGGAUCCGAGACAUCCGCUACAAGAGUAAUCUGCUGAUGACACAACUCAACAAAAUUCUCAAGAACCUGGAAAGUAAAAAACUUAUUAAAGCCGUGAAAUCUGUGGCGGCCUCCAAGAAGAAGGUGUACAUGUUAUACAACCUUGAGCCGGACCGGACUGUGACUGGUGGAUCGUGGUACAGUGACCAGGAUUUCGAGUCGGAGUUUGUCGAAGUUCUCAAUCAGCAGACGUACAAGUUCCUUGAACAAAAGCAUGUUGCAGCUUGUGAAACGCAGUUAGACCCAAUUUCACAGAAAAAUUCAGCAUUCGCUCCAUCCAAAGAUGUGUGGAAAUUUAUAUCAGAAUUAGGAAUUAGUAAGGUUCAGCUAUCAGUAGAAGAUAUUGAGACUAUUCUAGACACAUUAAUAUUUGACGGUAAAGUGGAGCGAUCCAUAGUGGCAGGUGCUGGGGGGUCAGGUGACAGUGGCCAGUUGAAGCUGUACAGAGCAGUCAAGCCACUUAUAUCUCCCACUGGACUCGUCAGAAUGCCAUGCGGAACCUGCCCAGUUUUCCACCAGUGUCACGAGGGAGGCGUGAUAUCACCGUCAUCGUGUGUGUAUAUGAAAGACUGGCUCGACUGCUGACUGUGGCUCGACUGCUGACUGUUGCUUGUAUUAAGAAUCAUGUUAAUAAUAUCAGUAUAUAUAAUUUAUUUUAUAAA